AGUGUGAAUUGUAUUUCAGGCUAUCCCUCCCUUUGAAUUUGCUUUCAAAGAUGAGCGGAUCUCUCUUACUAUCGUGGAUGCUGUCAUCAGUCCACCCAUGGUUCCCAAAGGGAACAUCUGCAAAGAGCUCAACAUUUAUCCAGCCGAAUGCCGGGGCCGGAGGAGCACGUAUCGGGGCAAGCUGACCGCUGAUAUCAGCUGGGCAGUGAAUGGAAUCUCCAGAGGAAUCAUUAAACAGUUUCUUGGCUAUGUUCCCAUCAUGGUGAAGUCUAAGCUUUGCAACUUACACAACCUUCCCCCCAAAGCCCUCAUUGAGCACCACGAGGAAGCAGAGGAAAUGGGAGGUUAUUUUAUAAUCAAUGGCAUUGAAAAAGUCAUCCGAAUGUUGAUUAUGCCUCGGAGGAAUUUCCCCGUUGCAAUGAUAAGACCAAAAUGGAAAACCAGAGGGCCUGGCUAUACUCAGUAUGGAGUCUCAAUGCACUGUGUGAGGGAGGAACAUUCUGCAGUCAAUAUGAACCUUCACUACUUGGAAAAUGGCACAGUUAUGUUGAACUUUAUUUAUCGGAAAGAACUGUUUUUUCUUCCUUUGGGAUUUGUACUUAAGGCACUUGUCAACUUCUCCGAUUAUCAGAUUUUUCAGGAGCUCAUCAAAGGCAAAGAGGAGAACUCUUUCUUUAGGAACUCUGUUUCUCAGAUGUUAAGGAUCGUCAUGGAAGAGGGUUGUUCCACACAAAAACAGGUCCUUAACUAUCUAGGUGAACGCUUCAGAGUAAAGCUCAGUCUUCCUGACUGGUGUCCAAAUGAACAAGCCGCAGAGUUUCUGUUCAACCAGUGCAUCUGUAUCCACUUGAAAUCCAAUACUGAAAAGUUUUAUAUGCUUUGUCUCAUGACCCGGAAGCUCUUUGCUUUAGCCAAAGGAGAGUGCAUGGAGGACAAUCCUGAUAGUUUAGUGAAUCAAGAAGUCCUCACGCCCGGUCAGCUUUUCCUCAUGUUUCUGAAGGAAAAAAUGGAAUCUUGGUUAGUGUCUAUUAAAAUAGCUCUAGACAAGAGGGCUCAGAAGACGAAUGUGUCCAUAAACACUGAAAAUUUGAUGAAGAUUUUUAACCUGGGAACAGACCUUACAAAACCAUUUGAAUAUCUUCUUGCUACUGGGAAUCUGCGUUCCAAAACAGGUCUUGGCUUCCUGCAAGAUUCUGGCCUUUGCGUUGUGGCUGAUAAGCUGAACUUCAUACGCUAUCUGUCCCAUUUCCGCUGUGUGCACAGAGGGGCCGAUUUUGCCAAGAUGAGGACCACCACGGUGCGCAGGCUGCUGCCGGAGUCCUGGGGCUUCCUGUGUCCCGUGCACACCCCAGACGGGGAGCCCUGUGGCCUCAUGAACCACUUGACCGCUGUGUGCGAGGUCGUCACACAGCGUGUGCACGCGGCCUCUGUUCCCGCCUUGCUCUGCAGCCUGGGGGUCACUCCGGUUGACGGAGCUCCACCUCGACCGUACAGCGAGUGCUACCCCGUCCUGCUGGAUGGCGUCAUGGUUGGCUGGGUGGAUAAGGAGCUUGCUCCGAGCAUUGCAGAUUCUCUCCGACAUUUUAAGGUGAUCUUGCGUCUUUGUGAAUUGUUUUAUGCCUUGAUCUUGAUUGUCAGUACUUUUCUUGUUGUUGAGGUAGCCCCACAGCCAUCUAGAGUGGUCGGGGGUCUGGAGGUCAGAAACUAA